AUGCCAACAAAUGUACCAAUGUGCAAAAUUCACGUAUCGCAUAAUAAAUUUCCUGUUACACACGCUGCUUUAAAACAAUAUAAAUUUUAUUUCCAAGAAGUCUUAGAAGGACAAGAAAUACCUGCAGGUACUUUAGACCCAUUUAUCAUUAAAUUUAAUAAUCAUAAUGAUAACGAACCAACGGACAUUAUCAUAGUUGAUAAAGAUGGUUUAAUUCAUUCGGAUCCCGUCCAAAUUGAAUCAUCUGAAGUUGAUACUAGUCAAGAUACACAAGUUAAUAUACAUCAUGAAGAUUCUUUAAAAACAUUUCCGGUUAUUCCGCCUGGACACAAAGAAAGUCUUCGCAUAUCGCAUUCGGAUAAUUUACUUUUUGAAGAAUGUGUUUCUAAAUUAACCACUACACCACAAUCUUUACAUGAUAUAAUAUCUACCUUGGAUAGUUUAGAAGAUUUGGUUCAUGAAUUGGAUUUUGGCAUAAAACUCGCUAAAGGCAAUGGUCUUAUCUCAAUUGUUAAACUUUUGGAUAAUGAUUCAAAUAAAGUCAGAGAAAAAGCUGCUUUGGUAAUUGGUACUACCGUGCAGGAUGAAGCAUUAAAAUUGGAUCUCAUACCUUACCUUCUAGACUUACUGUCUUCUGAGACAGAUAUAAAAGUUUCCUCUCGUCUUUUAUACGCUUUAUCCAGUGUAGUUCGUGGUAACAAAGAGUCAAUACAGUCUAUCAAUGAUAAUCAAGGAUUGUCACGGUUGGCAACUGUAUACCAAAAAUUAGACAAUAAUGAUUUCCGUGCAAAAUGUGCCUUAUUCGUUGCCGAUUUUAUAGAUCCGAAUAUGUUCAAUAUUGUUCAUCAAAAGUUUAAUCUUUUCGAUCAAAAUCAUCAUGAUAUUGUUUCUCCAUUUGAGAAUGUUAUCGAAAUCUGGUGCAAUUUACUUCAGGAUACAUUAUUCGAUGAUAUGGGCAAUGAUAAGGAAAUCGAUUUUGAUACACGUGAAAAAAUACUUAGCGGGAUAUCCAUGAUCAAGAGUCAAUAUUCACGUCAGUGCCCUAUUCAUAUCGGAUUUAAAAAUUGGUUAUUAAAGCAAACUAAUUCGGAUAGUGAUGAAUAUUUAAGUUUAGUUAACCAA